AUGGAUCCGCGGCGCUGGAGGCGUCCCCAGCUCGGGAAUCUUUCCGACUGCCCCAACGGCUCCCGCUGGGUGAUGGAUGUGUUCAGCGAGUGCGCCCAGGACAGCCGCGACAUCGCCAGCGUCCUCCUGGGGCUGGUGUCCAUCCUCUGCUUUGCAGCUGCCUCCUUCCCGCAGUUUUACCAAGCCUGCAAAACAGGCAUCAUGGACCGGGCUCUCUCCAUAUACUUCUUGCUGGGAUGGCUGGGCGGAGACCUCCUAAACCUCAUCGGUUCCUUCCUGGCUCAUCAGUUGCCCCUGCAGGUUUACACAGCUAUUUACUAUGUGCUCGCAGACCUGGUGAUGCUGUCUCUCUACUGCUACUACAAAGUGAAGAACCGGGGUGGAGGAUUCGCUGCCCAGAUCAACGCAGCCUUCAUCUUCCUUUCCCUGGGGACGCUGUCGGCAGCCCCCCUCCUGGGCAGAGGUGCUGCCGUGGCGCGGGAGCCGGUGGUGUUCAGAGGAAGGUCCCUGCUCUCCACUCAGGUGCCAGAGGUGAGCUGGCCUUUCACCAGCAGCGAGAUCAUCGGCUUCGCCAUCGGCUCCGUCUCCUCCCUGCUGUACCUGUGCUCCCGGGUGCCCCAGAUCUACACGAAUUACAAGAGGAAAUCCACCAUCGGGAUCUCCUACUCCCUCUUUGCCCUGGUGAUGCUGGGGAACUCGCUCUACGGCCUCAGUGUCCUCCUGAAGAACCCUGAGCCAGGGCAAAGUGAAGGUGACUACGUCCUGCACCACCUCCCCUGGCUGGUGGGCAGCCUGGGCGUCCUUUCCCUCGACGUGGUCAUCUCCUUCCAGUUCCUUGCCUAUCGGAGAGGAAAACCUGGUACCCGUGAAGAGAGGGGUGCUCUUCUGGGUGAGCCCGGGGACAGCCUGGAGAGCUGA